CUUAAAUAAAGUUUAUUCAUGGAGGAGGGAGCAUGAGUACUUCUGUUCCGUCUACCUUCUGGGUCAACUUCAUUCCCGUCUCAAAUUUUCCCUCGAUAAGUUUUUCCAAUUUCUAGUCUUUGCUUCCAGAAAGAUCAGCAGCAUCCAUCAUCGAAGACCUUUAGAGAGCAAGUCUGCAAUGUCGUCGUCGGCGAUUUCUCGGCUCUGUUGCUUCUCUUCCAUUGAGCCCCGUGCGCAGCUCCGUCCACAAUUCUUUCCACCGCAUUCUCUCCGGCCCAAGGUUUUUAUAUGUAUGAGUUAUGAUGGGCAUGGCAAAGAUGUAUCCAGCGUAGAGGAUAGGGCUAGUCUAAGCUAUACAUCAGAAAAACCACUUUCAGCUCCAGUAGAAUCUGUAACUGGAAAAAGUUUGAGUGAGCCACUACAAGGACAAAAUGAGCUGGUGGAGGGAGAUAUCUCCUCUCAACCUAAAAGGGCUGCAAGAAUUCACGAUUUCUGUUUUGGGAUACCAUUCGGUGGUUUUGUUCUAAGCGGAGGACUACUUGGUUUUAUUUUCUCUAGGAAUCUUGCCAAUUUAGGUUAUGGUGUUUUGUAUGGAGGUUCUUUGCUAGCUCUGAGCAUUACUAGCUUGAAGGUGUGGAGACAAGGAAACUCUAGCUUGCCAUUUAUACUAGGCCAAGCAGUACUUGCCGGUUCCCUAUUAGUGAAGAAUGUGAUGACGUACUCAUUGACAAAGAAAGUGUUUCCAACUGGCGUAUAUGCUACCAUCAGUGCUGCAAUGCUGUGCUUUUAUGUAUACGUGGUUAUUUCUGGCGGAAAUCCACCACCCAAGAAACUGAAGACGAAUGCUUCUGCUGCUGCUGUAGCCACAUCUUAGCGUUCUUGUCUCAGGUUCAAGGCGGGGAUCAAACAAUUUGUUUCUGGCCGCAUUAGGGGCCUUUCAACUUUAUAUGUGCACAGAAACUGUGGUAAAAAUCUCCGCUUAGCUUCUAUUAACCCUUUUCUUUGGCAACGUAUAUGUUGCAAUCCGGCUUAAGCUGCAACUUGUUUACCUAUUAUGGCGAUACUGAGUCUUCUUCUUUUUUAUUGAAAUUUCCUGAGCUGAAAAGUACUCAAUUGUAAGCUGGAUAAUUUAGUUCUGAUGGAUGUUUGAUGUGGAUCUGUAAUUACAUUUUUAUGAAACCAUUAUAGCACACUUUGCAUCCC